AUGACUUCAAAUUCCAGACGCGCCCGGCAACACGUAUCCUGCGGAACGACAAAGCAUCUUAUUCUGCAACAUCGAGGGGUCCCCCAAGGCUCACCCCUUUCCCCCGUUCUCUUCAUCCUCUACAUUUCCUCAUUAUACAAGCAGCUAAAAGACGAGCACCCUCACCUGGCUAUAGCAGGGUUUGCGGAUGACACCAACCUUCUAGUAUUUGGUCGAAACCCCGAAGCCAAUGUCCGGCAACUAGAGGCGGCGUGGGAAACGUGUAUACGAUGGGCGGACAGUCGGGGGAUGAAGUUCGCCCCGGAAAAGAGCGAACUCAUCCAUUUCAACAAAGGGCGACGGCAGUGGACCGAACAGGCUCACCUGGUGGCGGUGGAGAAGAAGCUGAGGACCCAGAGCUAUGCCCUGUCGAGGAUCGUGGCAAAGACAUGGGGAAUGGGGCUAGCCAAAGCGCGAGAAGUGUACACAAAGUGCAUCCGGUCGGCGCUGGCCUAUGGCGCAUCAUCGUUUCACAUCCCCACGGAUGUGGGAGGCGAGCCGGUAAAGAAAGGCAUCACUAAGGCCCUCGGGAAGGCCCAGAACAAGAGCUUGCGGAUUGUGGCGGGAGCCUUUAAGUCUACCCCCAUCCGUAACCUCGAGACAGAGACAUGGGUACCAUCAUUGGACUUGUACCUAAACAAACGGCUUGCAGAUUUCGAAAACCGACUCCAACGACCCGAUCUAGACGACGGUCGAGGCGGCAAGAAGACGGCGGCGAGCGUUGUCCUCACCGCCUGCCGCAAGAUACAGCAGAGACUUAGCUCGAGGAGGGGCAACAGGGGCCGACCGCGAACCUUGGGACCUCAAGGGCCUACGGCGGUGGAGAGAGCCGCGGGCACGGUCAUGCGCUGGACGGGGGGAACCGUUGAUACGAACAGGGUAGUAGAAGAGGCUUGGAAAGCGAGGUGGUUAGAGGAACGGGACGGCAGGGUAAUCACCAGGCCGGCGGACGACUUUGACCAUCAGCAGGAGACGCUAUUCCGGAACGAAACCCUAAGGAGGCACGACGGUCUCAGCAAGGCGAAGAGCUCACUGCUGAUUCAAAUCCGGACGGGAGCAAUAGGCUUACGGGACUUCUUGUUUACGCGGGGAGUCCCGGAGGUUCUGACUCCUGCCUGCGAGUGUGGCGAGGGACGAGAGACUGCCGAACACCUGGUAGUGUGGUGUUUGGCCCCACCGUUGACUCGAAGAUGGGAGAGAACUGGAAUUCGGACACGACGGGACUUUUACUCUGUUCUACACGGCAUCAAUCCCACGACUGCACGGCUUGCGAGGGGGAUCCUCGACUGGCUGAUGGACUGGGGGAAGCUGCCGAUAUACAGCUUAGCCAGGAGGCUCGAGCUGGAAGCGGCGGCCUGA